AUGAGCAAACUUGACGGAAAAAUCGCUCUUAUUCUCGGUGGCUCUGAAGGAAUUGGUUUCGCCACUGCUCAGCGGUUCAUCGCUGAAGGUGUGGAACAUGUGUUCAUUACUGGACGUCACCAAGAAACACUUGACGAAGCCGUGAAGAAAAUUAAUAGCAAGAAUGUGAGUGCUAUACAAGGUGACGUAUCCGAUAUGGCUGAUCUGGACAAGCUCUAUAGUGUCAUUCAGAAAGAGAAAGGUCGUUUAGACAUUCUUUUCGUCAACGCAGCGGCUGGCUCAUUUGCAGCACUGGGCUCGAUCACGGAAAAAAAUUUCGAUGAUACAUUCAACGUUAAUGUGAAAGGAGCACUAUUCGCCGUUCAAAAAGCUUUGCCAAUAUUCACCAAUGGUGGAUCAAUCAUUCUAAAUGGGUCUGUUGCAGCCGUCAAAGGUGGUUCAGGCUGUAGCAUCUAUGCUGCUAGUAAGGCGGCCCUACGCUCUUUCGCUCGCUGUUGGACAGUCGAUUUGAAAGAACGAAAGAUUCGAGUGAAUAUCGUGCAUCCGGGACCAAUCGAUACGCCUGGACUGCGACGUCUUGGAAACAGUGAAGAGGAAAAUAAAACGAUCCGCGCUCGCCUAGCAGCUGCUACUGUGAUGAAUCGUAUUGGAAUGCCCGAUGAAGUUGCUAAAGUAGUGGUCUUUCUCGCAUCGGACGAUAGUAGUUAUGUUACAGGCAUUCAACUUUUUGUCGAUGGAGGUCUGGCACAGAUUUGA